AUGUCUCUUAACGGGCUAGACAAUCCCGCGGUCAUCGAAGCCUAUCAGACUACUCUUGCUGAAGCGGGAGGAUGGUUUCUUCUCAAAUAUGUGUCAAGAGAUGAGAUCGCCCUCCUAGGUCGAGGCACUGGCGGGGUGCCUGAGGUGGUGCUGAGGUAUAUGCCAGAAGGGCUAUCCAGGUUGAUACAAGCCCGAACCACUGUUCAAUUCCAAUCCAUUUUGGAUAAAUUCUCACCGCAUGAUACUGUCUUCUCGCUUGCGCAGCCGUCGGACCUCACCGAAAGCGCACUGUCGUCAGCAUGCUUGUUACAUGCAGCUUCAGGUUCUAUCACCUCCUCUUCGAGUUCCCUCCGCCGUCGCAGGCUGAUGGAAAUCACGGAAGAUGCAGAGGAAAAUGCAACGGCAAAGGACGAGGCCCCACCGCAGUCCCCAGAGUCAGGCAUACGCCAACGAUCGUUCAGUCAGCUGUCGGAAGCCACCGUAGUACCUUCACGAUCUGCUGAAUCCAGUCCGAACAUCGACGGGACACCGCCCGCUCUAAAGGAAGCGAUCGAACCACCGGCAGAUGAUCGGUUACCGUCGACGCCCGAACACGCCCCCGAACUUUCGUCCCCUCGCAAAAAUCUCCUGGAAGAGCUAUCUCAACAUUCGUACGAACCUCGAAAAUCUUCACAAUCCGCAAGACCAUCCCGACGAGAUCUUGAACAAGUAGCUGGUUACUCUCCCAAAGUGAAGCGCGGCCCUCGGCCUUCCUUAGACACGAAUGGACGCCCACGCACCGCAGGUAACCUGUCUCGAAGUCAAGAUCAACGGCCUGUCGCCUCGUUACCGGCUGGCGUUCGUUCAUCAUCCCGAAAAUCUGUUUCCGAACCCUCACGUCCUCAAUCGCAACGAAGCGCCGAAGGAUUCAUGACUGGCAAUGGAUCUCCCCUUGUACCUCCUUUACUGGUUCCGCCACCCUCAAUACCUAUUUCCAGACCUCAGCUAUCUCCCGGUGCCAAAUCCAUGAGUGCGUUGUCCUCGUCAGGGAUGACGCCGGAAAAGGAACGGUUGAUGAAGGCAUUGCAGCAGCGGAAGAAACAAAUGGAAAAGCGGGCAGAGCAGGCGAGAAGGAAGCAAACAGCAGCAGAAGAGCAGCUGUUCCUGGAGAGAUCUCUGGUGUCUCUGACAACUAGAGAGGACGGCGACAAUAGGGAAGAGGCCGUGAUACAGCUUCAAUUAGCGCAUUUCUCCGUCAAAGAAUAUCUUACGUCCGGGCGCGUGGAAAAGGUAUUUCAAGCCAGCAUGACCGAAAUCAGUGCACGGGCGUGUAUUACAAGAGUCUGCCUGACGUAUAUGUUCUACUUUGGAGGGAAAUGCCCUGCGGAGGAAAUCAGAGGAAGAUUUCCUCUGGCGCAAUACUCUGCACGAUAUUGGAUAGAUCAUGCAAGGCAUGCUGAAUCCAGAAAGGACGUUCAGGAAAGCAUCUUACAGUUCCUGCUGAACGAAAGUGAGGCGUACGCAGCCUGGGGCUACCUCUUUGACCCAGAUAAACCACAGGCUCAAGAUGCACCACGUUCUCACAUGGCAAGUCCAUUGUACUACGCGUCAUCAGGAGGUCUCACAUAUAUAGUACGGUUAUUGCUGGAGAGGGGAGCGGAUGUAAAUGCCCAAGAUGGCCACUAUGGCAAUGCUCUCCAGGCUGCCUCCUUGAAAGGCCAUGAGACGAUAGUACAGAUGCUCCUAGAGAAGGGAGCAGAUGUCAAUGCCCAAGGUGGACGCCAUGGCAAUGCUCUCCAGGCUGCUUCCUAUCGACGCCAUGAGAAGAUAGUUCAGAUGCUACUGGAGAAGGGCGCCAAUGCCAAUGCCCAAGGUGGUGAACAUGGCAAUGCUCUCCAGGCUGCUUCCUUUCAAGGCCAUGAGAAGAUAGUGCAGAUGCUCCUGGAGAAGGGAGCCAAUGUCAAUGCCCAAGGUGGACACUAUGGCGGUGCUGUGCCGUGGUUCAUUGAGCAUGGAUGGGAUGACAGGGGCCAACCUAGACACUAUGGCAAUAGUCUCCAGGCUGCUUCCUUUCAAGGCCAUGAGGAGACAGUGCAGUUGCUCUUGGAGAAGGGAGCCAAUAUCAAUGCCCAGGGUGGCUACUUUGGCAAUGCGCUCCAGGCUGCUUCCUUUAAAGGCCGUGAGCAGAUAGUGCAGAUGCUCCUGGAGAAGGGAGCCGAUGUCAAUGCCCAAGGUGGACGCGAUGGCAAUGCUCUCCACGCUGCUUCCUAUCGAGGUGACGAGAGGAUAGUGCAAUUGCUAUUGGAGAAGGGCGCUAAUCCAGACUCUAAGGAUGAUGAUGGCCGAACCCCGUUGAUGUUGUCAGCAGCAAAUGGCCACGAGGGAAUUAUGAAGCUGCUUCUGUCAAACAACGUGGUUGAUCCGGAUUCGAAAGAUAGAUUUGGUUGGUCUCCAUUGUUAGCUGCUGCAACUGCAGGACAUGUGGCGUUAGUUCGACUGCUGGUUGCUACAAUUAGCAUGGAUCCUGGAAGCAAGGAUAUGUUUGGUCGUACCGCUCUCACUGAAGUUAGGAGGAGAGGCCAUAGUGAAAUUACAAGGCUCUUGUAA